AUGAUUUCCAGGAACCCUCGAGCUAUAGUAUUUUAUGCAAAUACCAAGUUGCUCAAUCUUUUUGUAGAUUUGCGAACACCUAGUUUAGGUCAGGAUUUCACAGUUAACAACACCUGUGAUGAAAAUGAAUCGCAUUUUCUAGGCGAGUUGUUGGCGCAGAUUCGCACGGUCCAAAAGUCUAUGCAACGCUUGUUAUCGGCACAUGGUUAUACCUCCUUGAUUGAAUGUGAUUCAUACCUUCGCCGCUAUUUUCAAUAUUCUACUGGUUUUGCAUCAACCAUGUCAUGUCCAUAUUCCUACAAGAAAUCCUUACAGCUUUGUAAAUCCUGGGCUCUACAACAUUGUAACAAUAUUACCCCACGGGAACGUAAAUGGUUGCAUAAUUCUCGCCGGAAACGAUCCUUACCAUGGGCUUGUACAGCUGGUGUUUUUGGUAUACCCCGUUUUCUGUACACUUCAUUUGGUGGGUCUUGUGAAUCUAAUGAUAUGUUUGGCGUAAUUCAAGCAUUUGGUGAAACUUUCACUUCUAUGAACGUUAUGCAACAUCUGAUACGAACGGUAAAUGGCAAAACAGUUUACUUAGCAAAAAUUUCGGACAAACUGGUCACAAAAGUAAAUAACCUUCAAUCUUCACUUCGACAGGUUGACUCCAAUUUUCAUAAUUGGCAGGCAAAAUUACAGCAAUUCUCUGUUCAGGAAAAUUGCCACCUAAAUAAUUUUCUAGAAUUCUUAUCCAAAUUUUCCGUGGAAGUCACACGAACCUUUUCUACUCUGUUACGUUUCAUUGAGAUUAAUGAUGUAUUACAUCAGACUCAUAACUUACACAAUAAGCAACUUGUUGGUUUCGAUGAUUUGCCUUCAUUUUUAGCUACGGAAAUACAAUUACGGCUAAAAUCAUUUCCCUCAUUACACACUACGGCUGAUACCCUAGAGGCGGGUUUUCCACUCUUAAUGCAGCCACUUGUUGAUUACCUGUAUAAACCGUCAAAAUCGAUGGGAAUCAAUAUUUUGUUUACAAUACCAGAACUACACACGGACCAUAAUUUCUGUACUAUUGAAUAUCUUAUGCCAAUCAAAUACAAUAUUUCUGGCACUUGUUUUCAUGGGCCAGUCCUUCGUGACGAGCUUGCUUUGUUGCAAUGUCAAAAUUCAGAAUUUAUAUUAAAAAAAUCAUUAUUGGAUAAAUGUUUCUAUACAAGCACUACCUUUGUUUGCCCACAACACAUUUUGCAAUUGCUAAACAACACUGAUUGGCUAGGGCUACCUUGGAAUAAGAACACUAAGCUCGACUUUGCUCGAAAACAUCAAAAAGCGAAAGAUUGCACUAAUUUACAUGAUCUAUUUCACUUAGGAGGCAGAUUUUACUUAUCGGCUCAACAAGGGAAAUUGCCAGUUUAUAAUAUAACUAACGGUUCUACACACAUCAUUCCACUCUCGCCACUUAUGGUAUAUCAUUUUCCUUGUGACCUAACCUUUGAUACUCAACAAACAGGACUCGGGCAGUGCCCAAAAUCCAUAACAAUGCACGUGCCUAUGUUUACUACAGAUUCAUUCCAUUAUGUUCCAUGGAAACACGAUGAUAAUAAUGAUAUCUUACAAUUACACUACAAAUCACUUAAUAUUUCACCCCCGCUAACAUUUGACAACUCCACAUUACAAUCAUUAGACGAAACUUAUCGUUUGUUAGACGGUCAACUCACCAAUCAUCUAGCUUCAUUAAGAAAAGAUAUUUCGCAAAUUCAUACCGUUCAGACAACUACUUUAAACGAUUCGCUUACAUAUUUCGCACUUAUCCUUACUCUGCUUAAUACUAUCGCUCUUUGCAUACUCUAUUGUGGUAACUUUCGGAAGUUACCGAAAUGGCCGAUUCCUUUCUCUAAGCGAAAGCGCACUAGUGAUCGGAGCUUAAACAAUCCUGAAUCACUCACAACGGACGAACCUGACCAGGAAUUAGAAACAAUUUUGCCUUCCUCAUCCGCUUCGGAGUCCCACAAAUCCAAACCAACGUGUCCUGAUUGUCAUAAAUCAAUUGUUUCGUAACCAUUUCAUUGAUAUACCCAAAAAAAUAAAAAAAAUAAAAAAAUAAACAAACAAAAAAAAAAACCUUAGACUUACCUGUUUAUGCGAAAGUGGAAUUUCUUAGUAAAAGUUAUGGUGGUUUCCAGUCGCCCUCUUAUUAUAUUUCAAUUUCACUGUUCUUGUCGCUCCUUCGCAUGUAUGUUUUGUUUUCGUACAUCGAAUACAUGUAUAUAUUUUUUAAUCUAAUUUUUAUUUAUCUGUACGUAUGCACUAUAACCCAAUAGUGUUGGGUUAGUGGCCGGAAACCUGCUACAACCGCAUAGGCAUUCAACCGGUUUAUCUCUGGGUUUGCCUUAUUCACUGGAGGGGCGAUACCGUACUACUCGCGGUUACAAUAAGGCCGAUUUAGUAAGCUGGUUGGAUAUCUAUAUACAUAUACACCAGUACAUUAUUCGACUUCUUAGUUAUUAUUAUUAUUAUUUAUUUUUUUUUUUUUUCUCUUGUUCUUUUACACGGUGGAGCCGGCGUAAUCGCCCGAGAUUUCGCCCAGAACGCUCUCGUGCUCGUUUGGAGCGCUUUCUCCAACGAUGUUGUUUUGUCUGUAUAAAUUCUCCUAACGACCAUCCCUCUAAGCGGCUACCUUGUUGUUCACAAUUUAUUCAUGAGGAUUGUCUUCUGACUUCCUUUCAAUAUGCCACUGGUAGAUUACGCGACAAGUGCCCUCACUGUCGCCUUUCCAUAACACCCUACAGUAGUUCCGAAGACAUUCCUCCGGGACCUCAUCCCUUUCGUUUUGAUUUUGUCAGCUAUCCUCCUCCCCCAGCCCCUCCGCCGUCGGAUGAUUGGUUUUUAGAAUAUUUUGGAAUACCACCAGAUUCUACUCCCCAUUGUGUUUCAAUUUCUGAUCAUCUGUAUUUCAAUCCCCCGAUACCCUCCCCACCUCCGGGAUGGUCUGAGUUUCGAAGAAUUCUUCCGCAGUGAACCAUUCACUGUUCCCUACCUUCUUCCAUUGAUGGAUUAUUCCUUUAAGGGUUUACUAAAACAUAAGUUACAUGGUACGUGUACCUUUAAGUGGUGCUGGGUUGUUUUUCUUGUUGCCGCUGCUCACGCAGUUGUAUUCUUUUGUCUUCUUGUUUUCAUAGUAUUUCCUUAUUUUAGAAUUACUUCAACAAAAACAAAACAAAAAACUAUCGGUGUUGGGGGUACGACGUUCACCUUCAUGUGAUUCCGUUGUUUCAUUCAUUAUGGUAUGUUUCUAUACGCUCAUUGCUUGCACUUAACACCCGGAGUGAGCUAGGGACUAGCUCAAUCUAAGCAGGGAGGAAUGUUAAACAAUAAAAAUGCAAGCAAUGAUGCGUUACACAUAUUUAUUUAUUUCCUACUUUAAACAAUAAGGGAAACUUAUUUUUGGUGUUGGAAACUUAUAAUACUUACAGAUAUAAAUUAUUGUCUUGGGAUAUUUUUAAAACGAAUUCGAGGGUUUAUCAUGGAAAAAG